AUGGAUUCGACGAGCAGUUCCAGCCCAGCCCAAAAGAGCGCAAGCUACAUCGAUCCGUCUAUUCCCAGCUACCCGUCGAGAGGAAAUAUCAAUAGGGCCGAAAGCGAAACCGAGUCGAUGGACAGCUACGACCUCUCCUUCGAAGAGAGGCUCCCAAAAAUCCGCGAAUUGUGUCAAAUGAUCUGGCCAGAGAUCAAUCAUACGCAUACGCAGGUCGCAGAACUUCGAGGCGGCGGCUGGAACAAGAUCAUCUCAAUCGAAACAUUGGAAGAUGAUGUUGUCCAUCAGUACAUCCUCCGCAUCCCUAUGGAUCCGUUCGAUGUCAGUCAGAACGUGGCCAUUCUCACAUAUCUAUGGGGCUGCACCCCUUUCUCGAUCCCAAAGGUCAUUCAUUUCGAUACGACGCACGACAACCCACUCGACUACCCCUACAUCAUCAUCACACGUCUAGCUGGACAGGACCUUGGGCAGUUCACUGCUCCCAGCGCAGGUCUAAUGGAGGCUGCCGACGAUGGACCAAACUUGAAAUCCGACUCCCCAGUCAAGUUGGCACCAUUCGGCACAAUGCAAGUAUCGCUGCUAGGCAGACUUGACGAGUCCAAGGUCGCAGCAGAGGAGUAUAGCCUCCUGACAGCUGACAACUUCCGCAAUGAGCCACCAGGGCUCUCGGCCAAGGAUGUCUUGCUGCUCGCAUUUCGGCGGAAGAUCGAUCAGGCGAUCGAGGAUAUGUAUGACGAUGGUCUCCUCGAAGACAAGACCAUAUGCCUUUGGCAUACCGACUUGUUCCCCCGGUACAUCAUGGUCGACACCGACACCGACGAGGGCACACCUAGGAUUAUUGGGGUCCUGGAUUGGGACCAAGCCGGCUUUGCCCCUCGCUUCAUCACUUGCAGGCCUCCUGACUGGCUUUGGGGGCCUGGUGUAGAUGUGGCGAAUGAGCGAGAUGAUGGGACAGUGCACGACGAAAACAGUACUGAAGCAGUUCUUGGAAGCCUUGUGUCUGCGUCGGAAGAUGAGCCACUAGCCCCGGUCGAGCCACAGAGUCCUGAGGCCAAAGAGAUCAAGUCUGCUUUCGAUUUGGCCGCCGGAGAGACUUACGUUGCUGCUGCGUACGAUUCUUGA